UCUGGACUACACACAGCUCAAUCAUCAUCCUCCUCCUCCUCUAUUCUUCAGUAAUUUUCACGAGGGGAGCAGCUUAGCGUUACUAUGUGGUGCGGAUAAGGGUGUUGUUUCUUGGUAGUUGCUACUACUCCAAUGUAUGCUACUAAUUUGACAAAGGGCCAAGCAUUUCCAUUGGCUAUCAGGGUUUGUUCAAAACCCAGAAGCUUUAAAGGGUUCCACAGCUCAAAGCCCCAAUCUUUACAGAUUGGUGCUCACCCAAAACCCUCACUAAACCUUAGUUCCCCUUUGGUUGAUUUUGCUACCGAUUCUAGUUAUAGGGUUGUAGGAAAUGGAAUUGUUGCAAAACCCAGAAGUAAUAUGAGCGGAUUCAGGGUUAGAAGUGCUACACAGAAUUGGAUGUUGGUAAGAGGUAGAGGUUUUUCGAAUUGGUCUAGUCGGGGGGGUAAUGGAGAGAGUAGUAGUGUGGGAAGAAGUGGAAAUAGACUGCCGUGGUUGGCAGCUAAGGAAGCAAAGAGAUUGGAGCAGCGAGCAACGGCUACAAAAAUACCUCUUUCAUCUUGGGGGGAGUCUGCUAAGAGGUUAGAGAAAGACAGCAAUGCUGGUUCUUCUGGGGAAGAGGCCAUGAGUUUGGCCAGGAGUAGAGGGGGAGACCGCCAUAGUAAGUCCUCAUGGGACAAAUCAGCAAAAAGGGUAGAGGAAGAAAGAAAGCCGAAAGCUGAGCGUUCUUCUUGGGAGGUGUCUUCAGAAGGUUUUGUUGGGAAUGGUGGUCCAUCGGAAAAGAGGAGUGCAGAAAGAAGAAUUGGAAUGGUGAAGGAUAGGCGAAGUGAGUAUAGCGUGAGGGAUAGAAGACAGGAAAAAGCCAACUCAGAAGGGAGUGGAGAGGAGGAAGAAAUGGAUGUUGGUGACGAUCCAAGGUGGGAUCAGAUCAAGAAUAAGUUUAGGAGAAUGGAAGAUGUCAAAUCUGAGAAACCUGAGUAUCGAAGGUGGGAUAGGCAGGAAAAUUGGGGCAGAAAGACAUGGCAAGAGGCUAGUGAAUCGUCGGUGCCUAGACUGGUUGGCCAAGGUGUUUAUGGUGUUGGUCCAGUUUUGGCUGCUUUGUCAGCUGGAAGAAGAGAAUUUUAUACGUUGUAUGUUCAAGAAGGGCUGGAUUUGAGCAAUAAUAAUAGGAAGAAGAAGGACAAGAAGGGAUUUGAGAGAGUUUUGAGGAUGGCUGAAAAUUUUGGGGUGAACAUAAAGGAAUUGCGCAAGCAUGAUCUUAAUAUGGCCGCUGAUAAUCGACCCCAUCAGGGUCUGCUUCUAGAUGCCUCUCCAUUGGAGAUGGUUAAAAUUAAGGAAUUGGACCCUGUUUCAGUAGAGGAAGAUAAGGGUUCUCUUUGGGUAGCUUUGGAUGAGGUUACAGAUCCUCAAAAUUUGGGGGCAAUCAUCAGGUCCUCUUACUUCUUUGGAGCUGCAGGCGUGGUGUUAUGCGCAAAGAAUUCAGCCCCACUGAGUGGCGUUGUGAGCAAAGCAAGUGCAGGCUCACUUGAGUUAAUGGAGUUGCGAUAUUGCAAGAACAUGAUGCAGUUUCUAACAUCCUCAGCUGAAAAUGGUUGGCGUGUUCUUGGUGGUUCUGUUUCUAGCAAAGCUAUUCCUUUGAACGAGAUAGUACCUUGUGAACCAACCAUUCUUGUUCUGGGUAGUGAGGGCACUGGGUUGAGGCCUUUGGUGGAAAGAUCAUGCACUCAAUUGAUUAGAAUCCCCGGGAAUAUUCCUGCAGAUGUAGCUGCUGCUGGUUUUGAUGAUAGCGAAUCCGUGGAAGUGAAUCAUGGGUGCUCUGCUGAAGAGUUCCAGUCGUUUUUGGCUGUGGAGAGCUUAAAUGUCAGUGUUGCAGCUGGUGUGCUUCUUCAUCACUUAGUGGGAAACAAUGAGAAAAGUGAAGUUCAUGUGGUUGCUCAGCAGAAUAACGGACUGGAUUGAGAUUCCACACCAUUGAUUUUGUUAUACUAGAUUAAGCUAGUGUAUUUAUAGGAUGAUUCCCAUUUUACAGCUCUCUGUUGUAAUUUCUAUUUGCAUUUUUAGAGCUUUAUCUAGAAUUGGGAUUUGGAGUAGGUUUACAGUUUUGAUUUUCUUUUCAACUCUUCUCCGAAAACAUGUACCGUAAACAACUGUAAUUUUGGUGUUAGUGUUAAGCGAAGUGGCGCACAAAAAUGAGAUCAUCAAAUUGCCCGUAUCUCA